AUGGAAGCGAUCGAACUCGACAUUCUCGACGUCGUCCUCGACAGCAGCGUUCCGCACCUCUCGGCCUUCCUCGCCGACACGACGGACUUUGGCGUUGUCGCUUCGUCGCCUCUCUCGUCCGGGUCGGACGAGCAACCCGCGCCGCGCCGGAAGCGGCGCCACGUCGACCGCCCCAAGGCCGAGCUGCUGUACCUUCGCACCAAGCACGACGAGCUGGCCGCCCAGCUCCAGGUCCUCCAGGACGAGAGCGCGAGCAUGCUCCCGAGCAACACGAGUCCGUGGCGAUCGCGCGCACAGGACCAAGCACACUUGACACAGCGCUGCUUGCAAGAGAAUGCAUGCUUGAAAAGCCACGUCGCCGACCAGCUCAAGGUCAUCGAGGCGCUCGAGAAGGUGUUGCACAAGCGACCGAAAGUGUCGUCGUUCCAGACAGCCACCAACCUCUGGCGGCAGUGCAUCUUGGCAGCGACGGAGCGCGAAGCGAGCUUGGAGCAGCUUCUAAAGCACCAGUACGAGCGCCUCGACUCGGAGUGGAUUCGCCUUGGCAUGUACGACAACAAGAACGGCGCUCCGCUGCACAAGAUGUUUGUGCAAACCAUCGACGAGCGCUACGUGACGCUCAACUACGCGGGGCGCAUGACGCGGGCGCUGGACUUUCGGGGCAUGUCGGAUGUCUUUUGGGACUUUAAAACGGGCAAGCGCGGGGCCUCGCAGCAGAUUCUACAAUUCUUUCAUCCGCGCUUGAUCUACUCGAGGUAUGGAUCUGAAACCGUCAUAUGA